AUGCGGCUCAUGCCGCUCCUAUUAACGGCCACCUCCUUCCAGGCCAAAAAAAUACAAUCACGUGGCGUGGAAUCUUGGCAAUUGCCCACAACUGCACCUUCCAAAAUUCUACCACUAACGAACCACAUCAAAUCGUCCAACGCGAAAGUCAAGCCUGGCCAACUAUGGGGCAAGAACAAGGACGACCUAAAGAAACAACUCGACGAACUCAAGACUGAGUUGGGUCAACUCCGUGUCCAAAAGAUCUCCGGUGGCGCCUCAUCAAAAUUGACGAGAAUACACGACCUGCGUAAAUCCAUCGCUCGUACCCUCACCGUCAUCAACGCCAACCAACGCCACCAACUCCGAAUCUUCUACGCCAAGAAAAAGUAUCUCCCACUCGAUCUCCGACAGAAGCAGACCCGUGCCAUCCGCCGCCGAUUGAGCAAGAAGGAUGCCAGCAGGGUGACCGAGAAGCAGAAGAAGAAGUCGACACACUUCCCCCAACGGAAGUAUGCGGUGAAAGUCGAAUAG